AGCUGCCCAACUUGCGAUCAUGGCCAGCCUCCAUUGUUCGCAAGUUCAGUGCGUGGCAAUGCUGCGCCAUCGCACAACUCAGGCUGCUAGGGAUUGAUUGCUUGGGUUUAGGUAUGUCUCAGCUUUUCAUUUUCGUGCCUGAACACCCUCGUGGGUUUUCCGUGGUGGUGCGUUUUGCAUUUGUGUGGUUUGGGUGGCUGGUCGCCCAACCUUGCGCUUUCACUGCCAGCCUCUUCGAAAAAAAUCGACGACAAGGCCCUUCCAACCAUAUUUGAGAUUUUCUCUCCUCAAUCUUUUAGCCUCCUCUCAUGCAUCUCUCCUUUGCUUCUGCAUUUGCAUACUGUACUAGCAAUUGGUCAACCAGUCCAAGUGGAGGCGACCUGCAGCGCCAAUUGCAGCUUCAAGUAUGAACUUCCACAACUUGAACUUCGACUAUGUGGAACAACAUCGUGCGAAUCCACAAUAUCCUGCCAGUCCAAGUUCACCGUCGAACCAUUCCGACGCUAUUCUGCGCGAUCCCAACUUAGACUAUGCUUCGUCCCGUCCCGCAUCACCAUCUCCGCAGCCAACUGUCAUCCCAUGGGCCCCGACUCCACCAUCUCCGUCUGAUUCAACUCCAGAGUUCUACGGGCCAGACCGCCUCUUCCCACCUACAUUAAUACCGCCCUCCGUCCCUCGUGAGAGCACAUAUCAACGCUUUCGGGCUCAGAAUAUUCCGUUCGGCACCAUGGAGAGAGAGGCGGAUAUGGAAGGUCAGAUGAACGCUGACAUGCUGACGGGGUUCCGCGAUGAGCUCGUAAGGGAGGCCGGCGUAGUGACUCCUGGUGUGGACGACUCGCCCUAUAUUCACUACGCCAUCGAGGCCCUCACUCGGGACAGGGACACAGGCUAUUCUGGCAACGAUAGCUCAAGCAGCAAUGCCGCCACUCCCAUCCCUCCUGUCCUUCUCAGCCGAGACAUGGGAUAUUAUCACCCUCCACGAGUGCAGGAGCAACGGCAGUACGCUCCCCUUCCAAUGCAACCGCCGAUUCUGCCUACUCCGGUUUACCGUCACGAUGACCGAGCUCCCGAACAACCGGACCCCUUUGAAUGGCCGUUCUCAGGAGAACCUCUCGGGUUGCAAGGCUCCCCAGUCCCAAGUUCCUGGGCACCAAGACCGAAACCCAAGACGAUCCAACCUCACGAAUGGAGACCCAUGAACAGAGACGCCAUGGCUGACAGCAUCAGCCAGGAAAAGGCUAGCGGAUACCCACCCCUACAUUUCCUUCCUUGGAUCUUGAGGCCGGCGUCGUUUACCAUAUUGAUGGUCUCCUGCUUAGCGAUGCUGGCGGCCUUGAUGUAUUGCGCCGUACAUUCCCAACUCAACCCCGGCCUCGUACCAUUUACUGGUUCGAUUUAUGGCAGCCAAUAUUUCGUCUUCCGGAUGCUGCCCCAGCUCCUAGCGGCAUUCAUACUCAUUUAUGCCCAAUGCAUCGCCACGUCCAUGUUUCGCAUCGUCCCUUUCUUGCGGCUGGCAUCGAACCAGGCCCAGAUUCGCGACGGUGCCCUCUUCCAGGACCUUUAUCCCAAGUCGUUCCUCUGGCCCCGGCUUAUCGGCACCAGGAAAAUCUGGGUCCCCAUCCUCGUCACUUGGUUGAUCAAUAUCACUCUACCGCUGCAGAGUUCGCUGUUCACCGUCAUUCUAGUCGAUGGGGUCUGGACAUGGGCGGCAGUCCAAGGAGUUGCCUGGACGCUUGUGGCCCUAUACGUGGCACUACUUGUGGCCACCGUCAUCGCCGCCUCGUUCUGGCUCGGAGUCAGGAAUACUGGCCUCUUAUGGGACCCCAGAUCCCUUGCGGAUAUCAUCACGAUGGUUUCAGAGACCAAUACGGCAGUCGACUACCAGGGCACCCAGCGAACAGGGACGAGAGAUCGACUGCGCUUCGCAUUGCGACGCCGGCGCAGUGAUAGACUCGGUUAUUGGGCUUGGAAGGAUGGCCGCUCGGGUUUCUGGUAUGCGCUUGGUAAUUCGAUGGACCACGAAAACUCCCUGCCCUUUCCAGAUAUUCAGGCGAAGCACGGCGUGAAGAUCGAGAAAGAUGGAGAUUUUACCUUGGGCGAUCGUGAUGUGGAGGCUGCGGGAUCCCAACACCACAUCCGCUACCGCUACUUGCCAUGGUGUAUGCGCAACAACCAGCUACUCUAUUUGGUGGUCACAGCAUUUAUCCUCCUUCUGGCGCUCUUUGUUGUGUCCUUCUUACCCUCGACGCACAUCUCUACCGGGUUCCUCCCUUGGCUGCUAGCCGCCCCUGGGCAAGGAGCAUUCUCGGCGGCGGACUUCCUCUAUAGCUUCCUUCCGUCGCUCGUGGGAUUGAUCCUGUGGCUUCUCUUCCAGGCCGUGGACCUUUCCAUUCGCGUCCAUCAACCAUGGGCAGCUCUUUCCGGAACCCGGGGCGCUCGAGCCGAGGAAUCGCUUCUAGCAGAUUACGCGGCUUGCCUACCCAUCCAGAGCACAAUCCACGCAGCCAAGAAUGGGCAUUGGCGCGUUGCUGUGACAAGCCUGCUAUCGACACUGUUCCUCCUCCUGCCGGUAUUAGGCGGCGGCAUGUUCAUGGCACUCACCCGGCCGGGCGGCGAGGUGCGGAUGUACCCGAACAUGCCCGCUUUCGCCAUCAUACUGGCCCUCCUGGUGCUCUAUUUCCUCGCGCUGGUCGGCAUGUUCCCUGGCCGGAAGGCAUUCCGCCUCCCGCACGCCGUCACGUGCCUGGCCGAGAUCAUCAGCUUCCUCGCAAACGAGGAUCUGCUCACCGACCUGGCGUUCAAACAGUGCCGCACCAAGGAGGAUAUGCUACUGAAGAUGGGCCUCCUUCACGGCACUCCGGAGACGCAGCCUCGCUGGAUAUUUGGCGUUGGUCCCGCGUCGGCGGACGGUAUGCCUGGCGUGAGAAGGGCUAGGCGGUUCACGGAGAAGCGUCCGAUCCGAAAGAGCCAGAUCCGACGCGGCGGCCGGAAUAUGGCGUGAGUAGUGGUCGAUUGAUGGGUCGCCCCCUUCCCUCAUCUAGUGACGGGGGAGGAUGAUCACUUCUGGUGAUACGUUUUUGUUGCUUUUUUUUUUUUUUUUUUUUUUUUUUUUUUUUUUUUUUUUUUUGGGUUGGGGG